GUCAAUUUCCAUAUAAAAUACUGCAAAAUAUACGGAAAAUAGUUUUUCUUAUUCAAUUUAUCAAAAUAGUAAUAUGUAGAUUUCAAUUAUAGUGAAGCUUACAAAAAAUAUAUACUUAUACAUAAUAUAUUUAUAUUAACAAUGACAUCAGUGCUAGAGUGAUUAUUGCAAAGUUUUGUUUAUCAUAUCAGCUGAGUUUUUAAAUAUCUAUUAUUCAUUAACACAGCUAUAUUUUAGAGACUGUUUUAAUAAAGUUCUAAUAAAUAUAUCCAAACUGGAUCGACUACCAGAUUAUCUCCGCGAUACCGUGGACUGGUUUAUGGGCAAGGCUAGGCGUAAGGAAAAAGAGGGUACAGAAUCUUCAUCAGGUGAUUCAAAAUUAUACCUAGAAGCAACUGUUUUGGAAAGAAAGUUGCCCGAAAUGGACAUGAGGAUUUUUGUUGAUUUGCCAGCUGGUUUAGAUUAUAAUGAAUGGCUUGCAUCACAUUCUAUGGCCUUGUUUGACCAUGUAAACUUAGUUUACGGAACAGUUAGUGAAUUUUGUACAACAGCUACUUGUCCGGAUAUGACUGGUCCUGGUCAAAGAACAUAUUUGUGGUUUGAUGAAAAAGGAAAGAAAACAAAAGUUGCUGCUCCUCAGUAUAUAGAUUAUGUAAUGACAUUUAUUCAAAAAACUGUUAGUGAUGAAAACAUAUUUCCAACAAAAUAUGCAAAUGAGUUUCCCUCAUCAUUUGAAUCCAUAGUUAGAAAAAUUGUACGACUAUUAUUUCAUGUAGUAGCACAUUUGUAUGCUGCACAUUUUAAAGAGGUUGUGAUGUUGGGUUUACAUGCCCAUUUGAACUUAACAUUUGCCCAUUUGACUGCUCUUUACCAUAGAUUUUCACUUAUAGAUCCUAAAGAAACUGAGAUUUUAAAAGAUUUGGAGAUUGCACUCCGAUUAACAGAAAAUAGUACAGAAGUAGUAAAUAAUAAUGAACAAAAUGAAGUGAAAGAUGAAAGUUCAAAAUCUCAACCAACUGAAGAAUCAAGUGGUGACAAUGAAUCUUAGUUCCAAAAGCUAUUUGAGAAUGGAGUAUAGAGCAUACCUAGUUUUUCUUUCUAUACUUAUGAAAAAUACUUUUUUGUAGUUUGGCAAUGUGAUUCAUACACAAGAGGAAAUGGCGACUGAUUUAUUUUUAGUGCAUUUUUAUUUAUUUAUAUUUGCGUUAUAAAUGUUGACGUUGGUUUUAAAUAGUAAAAUUCUACAUGUGACUUUCUUUAGGCUAGAUUUGUUACCUACAUUGUGACAUCUACCAUUGAGAAUUAGUUUUAAGCCUAUUUCUAAAUCUAGACUCCGGAUUAAUUCUUAUAAUAAAUAAGAAACAUACAUUUUAUACAGUGUCACAGAUAAAGUCUAUUACAUUAUAUGGAUAUUUUUUUUAUUUAUUGCUUUAUGUGAAAUUUGAUCUUUGAUCUACAUUUUUUUAUAUGAAUUGGAUUGAAUAAGAAGAUGUCAUUGGAAAUGACGAGAAAAGUUAUCCUGUUACUUUUACUGUCUUCCAUUCACGCAGUUAUGCGGCUCUGAACUGUUCAAGAACGCGAUACUCUCACUCCAUUCAAUAGAGUCAUAUGGAGGCACCAGGCUAUCGCUCACAGCUCCUUUCAGAACCGUUCUCGAGUAGCCCAGGCCGUAAAGCUCUGGAACUUGAAAUUCGCGAAUGGAGGACAGCAUUUGGAAUAUCUGUCAAAUUUGACAUUUAGAAAUCAAUUAAUUGCUGAAAAAGUAAAUUUUCUGAUCGGAUUUUGAAAAAGUUUAUUUUAAAAACUUGUUUGUUCUGUACUUUUAUAUAAGUUUACCAAUUUUCAGCCAUCUAAAUGAAAUAAAUUGUUUUUGACAUAUUUAACCAUUAGUACCUAUUUUAUCUAAAUUUAUCUAUUAACAAAUUAAUUUAUCUAUUAAUUCUCAUGGUAGAAGCAAAAAUAACUAAUGGUAGUCCGUUUGUCAGUCAAAUAUUUAUCUGGUGCUCAUGAAUUUAGUUGAAUAUUUUGAAUAAAUUGAUAUUUUUUCAUAAAAACUUGGUUGUAAAAUUUUGUUGUAAAUACAUUUAUUUACGGGAUGCACACUAUGAUUAACUCUCCUAUUAGAGAUGACCCAUCAUUCCUAUACAAUUUUUUUCUAUACGGUUUUCUUUAAAAAUAAGGCCUGCCAUAGUAAUAAAUGAUAAACAAUUUUUGUAGUAGUCUUGUGUGUAGUCUUCAAAUGAUGCUGUUUUGGAAUUUAUGGAUUUAUACGAAAAUGCGCCCUUCAUAUGGAUGGCCAAACAUACAGAACAUAGAAAUCGUAUUGCAGUGUACAGUAAAAGAACUUAAAAAGAAAAAAGAAUCACUAGCAACGACAAUUUCGGGACGACCGGUAUCCAUAGAUGCGACUAUACCGUUUACAUGCCAAGGAUUUAAACAAUGUUUGUGCUGGCGUACUUAUUGAAAUGAACACGUCGUGUGAGCGCCAUACUGGCCAAUGUUGUUUACAAAAUGGGGACAGGUGGGGAUACUUGCCAAGUACGCAAAUAUUGGUGUACUUGCCAAGUAGACGAGUCGUGAGAGUCCGCCUUUCAUGAAGGGGUUGGUUGAACUCUAAUAUUUUAUCUAGACGGCUGAAAAUUUGCAUACUUCUGUAAAAUUAAAAAUUAAACACCUUUUUCAAAUAAUGUUUAUCAAAAUUCUGCUAAUAAUUCGAUUAUCAGCUAUUUAUUAUUUUAUUUAAAUGUCGACUUUGACAGGAUCGACAGCCAUUGGUUAAUUUUAUUAUCAUUUUUUUGGUCUAUUUCAAAUCAAAAACAAAUGCCAAAGUCAGAUUUGAACUAAAUCAAAUAAAAAAAAGAUCCUAUAUGAUGCGGACUAUAUCUAUGAUACUGAUAUGUAGGGUUAUAUUAAAACUUUAAUUAAUUUUAUCUAAAUUUGUAGCAGUUUACAGAGUUGUACUUAGUGUUGUCAGGUUAUUUUAUGAUUGUUAUUUUACUUUGGUGUAUACCGUAUGGUUGAACAAAAGGCGUCAAGUUACUAAGAAAUGCCGGUAUACACAUACAAUGUAUAUUACGGUAACUUGCCGCUGUUUUUUUCGAUCAAACAGUGGUUGAAAUGGAUGUCUAUCCAAUAUAUUCAUUAGGUACAUUAUUUCUGAUAUUUUUAGUUGAAACUGUUUAAAUUUGUAAUAUCAAAAAGCUUGAGAGGGUAGAGAUGUGUAGAGAAAAUAAUAGCGAUGAAAAUAUAGUACUGAUGAUAAUAAGAAUAUGCGAAACUGCUGUUUUGUGUAAUGUAAUUCCAUGUUUUAUAUUUUGUUGCGUAUCUAGGUAUUACAUUUCAGUUUGAUAGAGCUUAUUAGUCUAUUCCACAGGGUUAUUCACGUUAUUUGAUUCGGGUGAUUCUAGUUAAAUGAUUAGAUAUUUAGAAAUUUUGAGAAUUGGAAAAAAAUUGAAGGUCUAGUAGAGAGUUACAAUUGAAAUUAUUUUCACAAGGUACAAAGCGUCUUAAAUUAAUACAAAAUAUUUAAGUUGUAUUUUCUAAUGGAACCCCCUGUAUAUUAUUACAUUUUUAGUUUCUACUAUUGAAAUAAGGGCAAAUUUAACACGUUGACUGCCAAGCGCGAGUUAUCUACCGUAACGCUGUUUUUUUCCUAGAGAGCGUUAUUGACGCCGAUUUUUCUUAAAGUUUUUGGGAGCAUCAGCCAAAAUAUACAGGGUGGCGCCUCUCAUACGCCGCGGAGGCUCCAAGGACAACGAGAGUUUGUAUUGAAAUGAAAUUUUGUGAGAAUAUGUAGGUUAAU